AUGGAGGAACAAUUACAAGUUGCCCCGUCAGAGUUGGAAAUUAUAAAGCAAGACUUCGAGAAGAAGAGUUCUGAGCUUGGGAAAAGGAUCGAGCAGUUGGAAGAAGAAAAAAUGCGUCUGAGAUUAGAUGUAGAUGUUCAGAGGUCAGAAGCUGAGAAUUUGAAGACUGAUUAUAAGAAAUUAUGCCUGUCUAUAAAGACUGCUGGGUUAGGUAAAACUUCAAAACAAUGGCGCCAGAAAAUUCGAGAGGAAAAGACCAAAGCUGACCGAUGGGAAAGGAAAUUUCGAGAGGCUCAGGCACGAAAUGAGGAUUUAGAAAAGAGUCUGUCAGAAAGCAGAAAUGAACGAGGUGAAUUAAGGGCUAGAGUGGCAGAACUCGAGAAGUCUUUUCUUCUGUACCGAAGCCAUAAUACCACAAUGGAGUUGAGAGCAAACUUGAGUAAGGUAGAAGAAAUGAAAGGAAAAGUAGAAGAAUUAGAAGCAUCAUUACAAAGCUGUGAGAAGCGGAUUAAGUUUUUUGAAGCAAGUGAUGAGCGUUGUAAGGAACAACUUCACCAUGCACAAGACCAAGUCAGAAACAGGGAUUACAUUAUGGGAGAAGCCGUAACCUAG